AUGAAUUCUAUAUUAGCAUUAAAAGAUAGCUUUGAUAUCUUAGUGAUAGGAGAUCAUCAAGUUGGAAAAUCAUCCCUUAUACAAAGUUAUUUACAUGAAACAUUCAUUCCAAAUAUCGAUUCAUCCCUUGAAGAUUUACAUACUAAAGUCAUUGGAGAUCAUACCGAUUAUUAUGAAUUAUCAAUAUUAGAUACAAGUUCCGUAACUGAUCUGUUUGCUAGAUCAAGACAACAACAAAUCAUUAAUGCAUCUACCUUAUUAUUAGUUUAUUCCAUAACAGAUACAAAUUCAAUCAUGCAUUUACAUGACAUUUACGAUCGUAUACAGGCAACAAGACCUAUUUUACCUCCUGUCAUCGUAGUUGGUUCAAAAGCCGAUUUAGUUGAUGAAAGACAAGUUACUUGGGAAGAAGGUCAUGAAUUCUCUCAAUCAAUUAAUGCUACUGGAUUCUUUGAAUGUUCAUCAAAGGAUAAUUCUCAUGUUCAAGAUGCAUUUUUAAGAUUAUCAGAUAUAGUCUUAGCCAAACAUCAAUCAGAAAUUCAAAAUCAAAAAAGAUCAAAACUGAUUACUCCAAUUCAACCUAUUGAAACUAAUAAUACUAUCGAUAAUUCAAUCAUAAUGAUAACUUCUGAAGUCUCAUCCACAGCAGCUGGAAAUGAAAAAUCUUUAGGUCCUCAAACUAGCAUCACUACAAGACAACUUCAACAAAAAUCAAUCUCUGAACCUAUUAAUAAAAAAUCAGGGUGUUGUACUAUAAUGUAA